AUGGGCGCAUUCAUCACAGAUAGCAUGGGCUGGAAACUGGCCUUCAUUGUUCAGGCUCCUACCGCACUCAUUUGCUGCAUCAUUUCCGUGGCUCUGCUACCACCCGCCAAACCAAAGGAUACUCGCACGAAGAAGGCUACUCUCCGCAAAAAGAUCGACUUCCUGGGAAUCGGCAUGUUCGCUGUUUCUAUAACUACAUUUUUGGUUGCGAUCAGGCUUCUAGGAGACCAUGAAGCUUCGACUGGAAUAACCGCCCUCUUCGGGGUUGUUUCCCUCGUAUUCGGAGGCUUCUUCCUCGUAGUAGAGGCAUACUAUGCGAAGGAACCAGUGAUCCCUCUUGAUUUGCUCAGAAAGAUGGCGGGCCCCUACGCCGUACAGGUGCUGCUACAGGUCGGAGCAUUUGCGAACUUGACCAACAUCGCACCCUACUUCAUUCGCACCACCGGCGCGAGCAAUACACAUGCCGCGUUUUACCUUGCCCCCGUAUUCGUCGGAUUUACGACAGGAUCUAUCACUUCUGGUUAUAUUAUCAGGAAGACUCAUAGAUAUAAGACAUUAUCGCUUAUAUCUGUGCUUCUCGGGCUCAUAUUCUUCACCCUCAUUGCAGUAAGGUGGCGAUACGGGGUAACCAACUGGGAAUCACUCUAUGUGCUUCCAGCUUUCCUAAGCUUUGGGCUCCUUCUUUCUACCACUUUCACGGGGCUGAUAGCCUGUACUCCAAAAUCCAUCCAUGCGACGGCUAUCUGUGUCUACUAUCUCUGCCAACAGGUCGGCACCAUGCUCGGAACCGUCUUUUCCUCCUUGACCAUCGAGACAAUACUGCGUGAAGUACUCAAUAUUCGUUUGGAGGAUAUACCAAAUAAGAAUGGCAUUAUUGAAAAAAUUCUACACGAUGCCAGCCCCGAAAUAGUCCCGGAGGCACUACGAGGCAUUGUUCGCAGCAGCUAUCUAUAUAGUUUUCAGUUUGCCGCAUUCAUACCCGUGGUUACCACUGCCAUCGUCCUGCCACUGAUAGCCGUAGAUAUGGAGGUGGAAGUGGAGUAA